CGCUGUCUCCGCCCCCCCAAACCUGGCUGACCUGGUAGACAGCCUCGCAAGAGCCGGCAGCCGGCAGCCGCGGUGGUCUGGAAGAAAGAAAUCCGGCGGCGGGGGAGAGAAUCCCGCCUGUCUUUAGCAGGCGAGGCUCAGUGCCCCGCCCCCCUCAGCCAGAUUUCGCCCCGAAGGAGCCGCCAGGCUCCCGCCCCCGACCCGCCCCGCCGCGUGGAGCGUCUGGGAACCGGCCGAAGAAGCCGACCUGCCGCGAUGGAGACGCCCGGCACCUGGGCGCUGCUGCUGGUGCUGGUGCUGCUGGUGCUGGUGCUGCGGACGCUGGCGCUUCCCCGAACCCGAGGCCACCUGCCCCCCGGGCCCACGCCACUGCCGCUGCUGGGGAACCUCCUGCAGCUCCGGCCCGGGGCGCUGUACCCGGGGCUCUUGCGGCUGAGUAAGAAGUAUGGACCCGUGUUCACUGUGUACCUGGGACCCUGGCGGCGUGUGGUGGUCCUGGUGGGGCACGAGGCCGUGCAGGAGGCCCUGGAAGGUCAGGCUGAGGCAUUCAGUGGGCGGGGCAUGUUGGCGACACUGGACGGGACCUUUGACGGCCACGGGGUUUUCUUUUCCAAUGGGGAGCGGUGGCGGCAGCUGCGGAGAUGUACCAUGCUGGCCCUGCGGGACCUGGGCAUGGGGAAGAGAGAAGGCGAGGAGCUGAUCCAGGCGGAGGCCCAGUGUCUGGUGGAGGCAUUCCAGGGCAUGGAAGGACGGCCAUUUGACCCCUCCCUACUGCUGGCUCAGGCCACUUCCAACAUCAUCUGCUCCCUCACCUUCGGCCUCCGCUUCCCCUACGAGGACAAGGACUUCCAGGCCCUGGUCCGGGCAGCUGGUAGCACCGUGCUGGGGGUCAGCUCCCGGUGGGGCCAGACCUAUGAGAUGUUCUCCCGGCUCCUGAAGCGCCUGCCGGGCCCCCACACACAGCUCCUGGGCCACCUGAGUGUCCUGGCCACCUUCGCCGUCCAGCAGGUGCAGCGACACAAGGAAAGCCUGGACAGCUCAGCCCCACCGUGUGAUGUGGUGGAUGCAUUCCUGCUAAAGAUGGCAAAGGAGCAGCAUGACUCAAGCACAGAACUGACUGACAAGAACUUGCUGAUGACAGUCAUUUAUCUGCUGUUCGCCGGGACGGUCACGGUCAGCACCACGGUCCGCUAUACCCUCUUGCUUCUGCUGAAGUACCCUCGGGUCCAAGAGCGUGUGCGGGAGGAGCUGAUCCGGGAGCUGGGAGCCAGCCGCGCACCAGGCCUCCAGGACCGAGCCCGCCUCCCCUAUACUGAUGCUGUUUUGCACGAGGCGCAGCGGCUGCUGGCUCUGGUGCCCAUGGGAGUGCCCCGUGCCCUCACAAGGACCACCUGCUUCCAAGGGUACACCCUGCCCCAGGGCACUGAGGUCUUCCCCCUCCUUGGCUCUGUCCUGUGUGAUCCUGAGGUCUUUGAACAGCCAGAGGAAUUCAACCCAGACCGAUUCCUCGAUGCGGAUGGACGGUUCCAGAAGCAGGAGGCAUUCUUGCCCUUCUCCUUGGGUAAGCGUGUCUGCCUCGGGGAGGGCCUGGCACGGGCGGAGCUCUUCCUCCUUUUCACCACCCUCCUGCAGUCCUUCUCCCUGGACAGCCCAUGCCCACCGGGGGCCCUGAGCCUCCAGCCAGCUGUCAGCGGCCUUUUCAACAUCCCCCCAGCCUUCCAGCUGCAAGUCCGGCCCCACUAACCUCCCCGCAUUGUAUGGACCAGAUGAAGGAGGGAGAGAGCUGUGGGAAGUGGGGGCCUCCUCAUGCUGGUGGGCGUGAACAUGGUUGUUGUCUCCAGAGCCGCAAGUCUACACCCCAGGCAGACACACACACACACCUAUAGGUGUCCUAGAGUCUGCCAUGCGGGUACUCAGCCUACGCGUCCU